UCGUCGGCGACCAAACCGCACCGAAUUGCUUCCUUGGCCCGUCUCCUUCUGGCCGUCUUCCCUCCGCUCCGCCCCCCGACCACUGCCCGCGGCGCGCGCCAUGGAGCCGGACGCCGACGAGGAUUACAUGGGCGACCUCUCCAACUUCCUCCCGCCGAGUCCGUCCUCCCCCACCCCAUCGAGUAACGUCGGGCGCCGGAAGGAACCACCCGCGCAGGCGCCGGCGCAGACGCGGGCGAAGCGCGGGAAGGGGGUGCCGUGGCAGGAGCGGCGGCGGCAGGAGCGCGAGAGGAAGCAGCGGGAGGAGGACGCCCGCACGAUGGCUGGGCUCGCGGAGGCCAUCCCGGAGAGCAACGUAGGGUUCAGGAUGUUGAAGCAGAUGGGGUACGACCCCGGGGCGCGCGCCGGCGCCGCCGAGCCGGUCGGCAUAGAGAUCCGCCGCUCGAGGGCCGGCCUCGGGGCGGAGCCUGCGGCGGCGCCGACGCCGGCGCCGGUUCCGGUGGAGAAGACGCGGAAGGCGGUGGAGAUGGAGCGGAGGCGGCAGGAGGAGAUGAUGGGGGAGCUGAGGGCGAGGAAGAGCACGCAGUGGAGGGGGCGGAGGGUGGUGUGGGACUUCCGCAAGGCCGAGGUGGCGCUCGCGCAGCUGGAGAACCGGGAGGUGGAGCCGCCGGCGCCGGAUGGGGAGAAGGAUAAGGAGGCAGAGGAGGAAGAGGAGGUGAUCACAGAAGAGGAUUUGCAGAAUAUAUUAUCUAAGUUGCGCGAUCAAUACCAGUACUGCCUAUAUUGUGGAUGCAAGUAUGAAUCAACGGAAGCACUGGCAAAGGAAUGCCCUGGCCCUAAUGAGGAUGACCAUUGAUUUGUUGUAUUAAUGGUGACAAAGAAUUAUCCUAGAUACAAACAGGUUCCUCAUUCCGUUUGGUCUUGGAAUUAGACUGUUUUCCAACAGCAACAUUUUCAAGUUGUACAGAAGAAUGAAACUGCUCUUUGAAAUAAAAGGGGAAAACACCAUAACAAAUAGUCACCGGAUAAAAAAAGGUAGAUGCAGGCAACAAAUUUGCCAAUAUAAUCUCUUUUACACGAACCAUGCCUGAUUCUUUGUUUAGAAAAAUAGAAACAGUUACAAUGAUUUAUUGUUCUUGUUUAUUGUUCUUUACUGUCUGCCUGCUUGUGUGCCAAUUUGCCAAUAUUGUCUGCCUGCUUGUGUUCUUGUUUAUUGUUCUUUACUGUCUGUUUGAUUUGGCUAAGUAGCCUGUUACUGUCUGCUUAAGAAAAUAAUAGGAUAUGAUUUGUAUAUUCUUUUGAGGCCAAUAGUUUGCAUACCUGAACAUUGUUCCUCACUGUUUUUACUGCUCUAUAAUGCUUUGUUGUCAGCACAUUCAAAGUAGUAGCAAGUAAAAUUUGGUGAUUCUCCUGCAACCUCCUUCGCUGUUGUAUUUAUUAUACAGGAAAUUGACUUUGAGUGGAUUCUUGAAUAGAUGAUACAUUGUAUGCUUAUGGAUUUUGCCAUUUUGGUAAUUUUGGUCAACUUCUCUUAACUUUUUGGUCUCAAAUUGUUGACAAACUGUUUCAUGAUUGGAGUGUCUGUCACAUUACCUUGUGCAAUCACAUUAGUGCUAACAAUUCUGGUGCUAUUCAAAUUUAUACCUGUAAUAACAGUACCUUCGCAUCUGAUAGAGUAUAGAACAAUAACAGCACUGCCUUCA